AAGAGUACGUGAUUAACUGUGUUUGUUCAAAUACGAUUCAAGAAGAAAUGGGUUUUGAUGAUCUGUGUAAUACAGGGCUUGGCCUGGGGUUGGGCUGCGAGGGGAAUAGUAAUCUCUCCAAAUCCGAUCAUCAACAACGCCACAAACGAUCCCUGACCACUAGUCUUGAACCUUCACUCACUUUGGCCCUCUCGGACGACAACAGUUAUCAAGCGCUAGAAACCCAGAUUGACGUGAACAAGGCGUGUGAAGAACCCACCGAUCCAUGUCAACAAGCUUCUCCUCACAGUGGGGUUUCAUCGUUCUCCAACGCAAGCAUCAAGAGGGAGAGAGACCCUGGAAGCGAGGAGAUGGAGGUUGAGAGGGUCUCUUCCAGGGCCAGCGAUGAAGAUGAGGAGGGUAGUGCAAGAAAGAAACUUAGGCUCACCAAAGAACAAUCUGCCCUCUUGGAGGAUAGUUUCAGAGAGCACAGUACUCUCAAUCCGAAGCAAAAGCAAGCUUUGGCAAAGCAAUUGAAUCUGCGGCCCAGACAAGUUGAAGUGUGGUUCCAAAAUAGGAGAGCCAGGACAAAGCUGAAACAAACCGAAGUGGAUUGUGAAUUCUUAAAGAAGUGUUGUGAGAAAUUAACGGAUGAGAACAGAAGAUUACAGAAAGAGCUUCAAGAACUGAAAACAUUAAAAUUAGCUCCACCACUGUACAUGCAGCUCCCUGCGGCCACCCUCACCAUGUGCCCUUCCUGCGAGAGGAUCGGCGGUAUAGCAGGAGGAGAUGGAUCGUCUAAGACAAACAAUUCUUUCGCAAUGGCACCAAAAACUCACUUCUACAACCCUUUCACCCAUCCAUCUGCAGCUUGUUAAAGGGACGAACACACACAAACACCAUUAAACAACAAAUUCACAAUCCCCUCUUUUUUUGGUUCAGGGCUUUGUAUGUGUUGUAAUUAAUUUGUAUCCCAUUCUAGAAAU